AUGAAUGGUGCGGCCGCGCCGAUGUUGUCCACGCUGCCGGUGACCGUGCUGGCACCAGGCGUUGCCUCGCGCGGCGCCGGUGCCAGUUCUGGCGCAACCGUCGGCCGAAGAAGCUUCGGCGCCCGACAAAUCGGGUGCCGCGAGCGGGGUGGCCAGCUGGCAGCGGGGCUUGCGGCCGCCGCGGCCACGCGUGGCCUCUGUCGGACGCGGCGGGGCAAAGCGCGGAAUGCCCGCGCAGGCCUGGUGCUGCGCGCGGAGGAGGUUGAGGAGGAUGUUGCCAUCACCGAAGCCUCGGACACCCGCGUGGUGAAGCGUGAGCUCAACGACAGGCAGCAGCAGUUCUGGGAGAUGCUGGAGGAGGAUUUCGAGGAGGAUGUCGUGCCCGAGUUUGGCCGAGAGAACCUGCUCCGAAUCUACGAGUUCAUAAAGUACUGCAAGUACGAGAAAGAGAUCCCCGAGUUGCCAGACAUGCAGGAGAUCGACCCGGAGUACUUCCCUGGGCUCCGCGCCCAGCCGUGGUGGGAGGUCGAUGAGAUCGACACUCCCGAGUGGGUGGAGAAGGUUGUUGCUGGCUUGCCAUAUGUGCAAGGCGAGCUGGCCGAUCUUCUGGAGGACAACGAGGAGUACUUGAUCUCCGAUAGCGUGCAGAACGACGUGAUGGGCGGCGGCUGGUCAGGCUUCCGGCUGCGCCGGCUGGGCGCCUGGCUGUCGCGGAACUGCGAGCUCUUCCCCAAGACGGUGCAGCUGCUCAAACAGUCCGACGUGCCUUUGGCCAUGCGCGGAGUGAUCGUGGCGCGCCAGGUUCCUGAGACGGGCGUGCAGCCGCAUAGCGACGGCCGGAACUUCUUCCUGACGGCGCACUUCGGCCUCAGCGUGCCUCCGGACUGCAGCAUCACGGUCGGGGGCGAAGAGCGCCAGUGGAAGGAGGAUGACUGCAUCAUCCUGGACACCUCGUUCAUUCAUUCCACCAAGAAUGACUCCGACGAGGACCGCUUCGUGCUGGUGGUGGACUUUUGGCACCCCGACUUGACGAUCCCCGAGCGGGAGGCCCUGGAGUGGAUCUACGACUUCCGGAACAAGUUUGAGCAGGGCAAGAUCAAGUACGUGCCAAAGCUGCCGGAUGGAUUCUGGGAGACGCUCUACGUCUACAGCGCCUGGGGUGGUGCCUACACUGAGGAGACGAUCAUUAAGCAGCCAGCUGGCCCUGACACGCUCGGUGGCUUCCGGCUGGGCAGCUUCUGA